AUAUUUGUAUGUAUUAAAAGAAGAUGUCACCAUUACUACUUGGCUAAACGAAAAUGCUGCAAAAAUAUUAAAGGUUUCUUUACAACUGUCAAAAAACCAUUUGCAUAUUCAUCGAAAAUUGCUAUAUUCUUAAAAUUCUAUUAUUUUGUGAUAAAUUUUGUAAUCGUUAUUAGCUAAAUAACAGUGGUAGUUUUUUUCACUGUGGAAAUUACAAUGUGGCAAAUAAUGUUCAAGAAAAAAGUUGUAUACGAUCAAUAAACUUUAUCUAACGUUAGUGAACAGAUACUGAAUUUUAUGAAUGAUGGGCAUACUUUUUAAAUGGUUCAGAUUUUAUUUGUGUUUGUCAUUUUUUCAGUUAUGUAACGGGAAUCCAGUCAAUCAAAUUGAUACGGAAAUAGAAUCAAAUGCCAAAUUUGUUGCAGGGGUCAUUUCCCUAUUAUUCACAGUAUGUUUUUUGGUAUUUAUAGUAGCCUGUUUAUGUUGCCAAAGAAGAAAACGUUUUCAGCAAUUCCGAGAUAGUCCUGUUACUGCAUCGUCCAUACCAAAUUUAGACCAUGGUCAUGUCAAUCCAAUUGCUAGUGGAGAAUUUACCAUAUUUUCUCCAUUAUCUCCUCAUUUUAACAACAACGUUUUUCAUGAGGACAAGCCAAAUGCAAAAUCUAUUGAGGACCCCCUAGCCAAUAGCUACGACAUUAGUCCAUGGUUUAAUUCAAAUGAAAACGAUUUUCCUAGAAAUAGAUUAAAAUACAUCAAAGAAUUAGGAUCGGGAUGGUUUGGCAAGGUGGUUGAAGGUGCUAUACAAGAUGACGACAAUAAAAAACAAAAUUGGACGCCUGUAGUAGUUAGAAUCUUAGAAGCGACCUCUAGUCAGAAUGAAAAAAUAUUAUUUUUACAGAAUGCAGAAAUAUAUAAAAUUGGAAAUCAUACAAAUAUUUUAACCUUAGUAGGGAGAUCGUUGGAAACAGUACCUUACUUGUUGCUGCAGGAAUGGUGUUCUCAGGGCGAUUUAAAAGCUUAUUUAAGAUCUCAGAAGACCGACGCAGACCAGUUUUUGUCAACAGAAUAUCCACUAUUAUGGUGUUAUCAAUUAACAUCAGCCUUAAAAUAUAUACACGAACAUGACAUCGUACACUUGGAUUUGGCAAGUAGAAAUUGUCAACUAACCAAUAAUCUAAUUCUAAAAUUGGGGGACUACGGAUUAGGACCCUUCAAAUAUCCGGCAGAUUAUUAUCAAGGUCAACCAACAGUUCCUGUGAGAUGGUGCUCACCGGAAUCUCUUAUAUAUACUCAAACUACUAUACAACCAAAACGAGUCACUCCCGAAGCUAACGUUUGGGCAUUGGCGGUGACGAUGUGGGAGAUCUGCGAAUGCGGUGAUCAACCCUAUUGGGAUUUAAGUGACGACGAUGUAAUUUCACAAGUUUUAGGACCGACUGGCAUUAGGUUGAGAAGGCCUGCGCAUUCAGUACUUUAUACCGACUAUAUUUACCGCCUCAUGCAGUUAUGUUGGACAAGCGCGGAAUCUAGACCCAAAGUAGUACAAAUUCACACAAUGCUGACAGAUCUUCUACAAGUCCAUAAAAAUACUUCGAGAACAGAAGUUUUCGAUGUAGACGAAUUCGAUCGAAGAUGGGAGUCCUGCAAACCGAAUACCAUCAUCAAAACCGAUCAUAUUGCAGAAACUGUACUCGAAUCUGAAGGUGACGAUUUGAGGAAAUCGUUAUCUCUUAGUCUUACGAACUUACACGGAUCGUUAGAUAAUUUAGCUUUCUAUGAUCAGGAUGUAACUAUAAACGAACAAACAACAAAAUCGAGCGACGCUUUUAACUGCGAGGAUUCGAUUCAAAGAACAACCAGCAGUGGAAGCGAAACCGAAGAAGAAAACUGGCGGAAUAAAGUCGAAAGGGGAGCAUAUACAGAAAAAGUUCGUCAGAAAUCGAGAUCGGUUGCGGAUUUAAUGGUUUUGACUCAUGUCGAUUACUCAGAAUCCGAAUCUGAAACUCCUUUACAUAGUCUAGAAUAUAGGAUAAAUUACAAAAAUGUGAGAUUAGCUGGCUUAGAUGGGAUCAAUUCUUUGGAAAACACCACCAGUAUUAUGUAUGGAAGUGAAGGUAAUCUUCUCAACGUUCAAGACACUUUCAAAGAAGAACUCAGAAGACUAAAGGAAGAACGCCGUGAUAGUCUGCUAUUUGUACCUGAUAACGUUAGUCAAAUUAAUAGCUUUAGGAGCACAGAAACUUCCAACGCGCCCUCUUCGCGUUUAAUACAUGAACUGAACAAUCCUUUAGAAAUACAGCCCCCCGUCGUUAAUCAAGUUUUCAAUAUUUACAAUGUUACCAUUGACAAUUUUAGUCCUGUUCAUAUGAAUAAGUUGAGCGAUAUAUUAGACGUCAAUUCUCAAUUGAAACCGGAAUGGAGGAAAGCUGAAAAACUGAAGAAAAUAAAUUGUGAGUUGAAUCAAGAAAUAAGAGAGUUGGAAAAAUUGAACAACGUUCAAAAAGUAUAUUCAGCUGUAUAUGACCAAGAUGAUUUCAAUGGUGUAGAAUCGGACAACAGCUCGAUUCAAAAUUUAGAGGAAUCGAAUCCAAUGAGCCAAAAUUCGACCGAAGUGGUCAAAGUAUCAAAUAGUUUGGAUUUAAAUCGAAAUGUAAAGGAAACUAAUUUGAAAUCGCAACAAAUAUUGAUGUCGAAUGAAAAUUUAGAUAUCAUUCCAGAUUUAAAUCAACAAAAACUACUAAAAGACGAAGUUAACUCAAAUCAAAAUACAAUUAAGUUGAUUGAAAUCAACGAACACGAUAAAUUAAAUUUUAUUGAGUCGAAUUCCAAGUUAUAUGAAACGGAAGAUAACGAUUCGGCAUUGGAAGCGAUGGAAAUAGAUUGCGAUCGAUCUAAAACAUGUAAUAAUCUAAAAAAUGGCAUAACUAAUUUGACAUUCGAAGUUUUGGCCAAUGAUGAUUCGUUGUUGGAAGAUAAGGUUGCAUGUGAGGCUUUCAAUUUUAAUAUUAGGUUGCCUAUAGAAACUAAUGAAACAGCUUUGGAUUUUUGUGAUAACAGGAUUGAAAAUAAAGGCGAUGAGCUGGAAAUCAUUGUCGCAGACAAUCUUGUUGAACAAGAAGAAAAACGGGACAAUACAGAAACAAACUGCCAAAAUAAUUCAGAUACAAAGAAAGACCAACAAUCAUCUGAAGAAACGGUAUUGAUCGUUUUGAAUGAAAUAGUAACAAGGUCUUUAGAUGAAAUUCUCGAAAAAGCCGUUAGUACACCACCAAUAGAUAAAUUGUGCCACAGUCCAAAGUUAGAAGAAAAACAGCUUUCGGUUGGCGAUACUGAUCAAGACAAUACAGAACAAAUAGUAAAUUUCGAUCUGAGUUUUAGCCAAGAAGAAGUUAUGCCAAAUUCUUUAACACACUCGAGCCUUUUUACUAGCAGUACCCCUUUCAACAAAAGGUCCCUAGAAAAUAAAUUUUCCAGUAUGAAAUUUGAAGACAACUAUGUACCUGAUAACAGUGAUCUAAAUUAUUCUUUAGAGACUUGGGAUAAUUUUUUGGGAUCCACUAUGGAUCAUCAAAAUCAACAUAAUGAAAAUAUGUUUGAUAGUUUUUCGUCGGAACCUCAAAGUUUGCUUUUUAUUGAUGGUGAAGGUGUUAACGAAACAUUUGAUAAAUUCCAAGAUGUAGAAAGUAAAAGUGCGGUUUUAUCUGACGCGAUGAACUGUCCCUUUUUAGCGAAUUUAGAUAAGAAAAAAGAAACUAGUAGCAAAAGUUGUGAUGUAUUUUCAAAUACUAGUCAUGUUUUCAAUUCUACUUAUAUUAAAGAGGGAUCUGAUGCAUUACAAGUCUAUUCGGGAGAUAUUUGGAACAAAUAUUUGGAACACCCUCCUGGAAAAAAAUUUGAUGACUUUUCUUCCGAGCCGCGAAGUUUGAUUUUCAUUGAGAGUGAAGGUGUUUAUAAAACUUGUGAUAAUGUAGAUGAAGUCAAUAGAACUGUGCAUGUAGAUGAUGAUACACCACCUGGUACAUCAGAAAAUUGCGUACAAAUUCAUUCGAAUACAGUUGACCUACAACCUACGUAUAAUAAUGAAGACGGUAUUUUGAAUUCUACAUUUACAAAAGAAGAAGUUGCUUCUAAUUUCGGUUAUUCUAUAGAAAAUGACGCUUUAAAUAUUACUUAUACUAAAGAAGAUGACGUUUUAAACACUACUUAUUCUAAAGAAGAAAGUGAAGUUUUGAAAUCGGCAACUGAAGAUCUAGAUGAAGGAAGCUUCGAAAACGGUGGAGGUUGGUUCCUACAUCCUCAACCAACAAAUGAACUUAGCGGAGAAAUUCAAGUUCAGUCUCCAUGUACAGACAGUUACGUUGGAUUUGGUAUCGAUGAUGAAAUAAUGUCGGCAAUUCGAAACGAAUUACUGACCAAAUUACCACAUGCUCAGGGAAAUCAUACUGAACGCGUUAAGGAAGAAGAUGAUUGGGAUACAUUAGAAAGACAUGAAGUAUUUUUGAGAUACAAUGUAUAUCCUUUAUCACCAAUACCAGAAGAAAGUUUAAUUGAAGACGUCUCUGGUACAAAUACACCAAGGCAGGAACGAGAAGAAGAAAUCGAUUGGUCCGGUCGUACCGACACAGAUACGGUAACCAAUGAUAACGAAACUAUUUCUGCAAACACACUUGAAAGUCCUUUAAGAGGUACUUUUAAUAGGCAUACUCCCAGUCAAGAUUCCUGUUGCUCCAAUGAUACCUUAUUUAAUCUAGAAGAUUUAAUAUGUGGUCCAAUUGAUCAAGAAAAGGAUGUAGAUUUCGUUAUUAAUACAAAAAGUAUUGAGGAGGCGAAGACAGAGAAACCGUUAGAUUGUGAUGAAAGAAAUGAAAACGUUGAGAAAAAUGAUGGUAAAGAGAUAAAAGAUAGUACGACAGUUUGUUCCCAACCACAAGACAUUGUUAAUAAUUUUUUGACAACUGAAAGAAAUUAUUCUGCCGGUGUUCAAUUGCCAUCUCCUGAAGAAAACCCAUGGAAACAACUUCCAGCUACACUUCUCAAUUACAACCAAUGUACCUUUAGUAAUUCUCAUUCCAUUAAAGAAGAAUCGUAUUCUGACUGUGAUAAUGUAGAAAAACAAAGGAACUGUGAUGUAGGAAAUAUCGAAUUAAAGUUGAAAGAAUCGACCGCAGACGAAUAUGAUAAUAGUGAACAUAUAAAUGUCACUUUAACUAAAGAUCAACCCGAUGUUGUGGAUAUAUCUACUUUGUCGUCAGAAUCAAACAAAAUAGAUUCAAAAUUAGAAGAAAUUGAAGUUAAUGACAAAGACAAAACACUUGUAAUUGAUGAAAACAUUGAUCCGUAUUAUUCGAACGUCGAUGUAAAAGGAGAAACCGAAAAACCCGCAAUUGAAAAUGAGGAAAAUGAUGGACACUUAUAUGAAAAUACCGAUGUUAAAAACAGUGAAAAUGUAGAUACGGGUAUCGAUCAAUUCGAUGAUUACGUUAAUAUCGUAAAUAUGGAAAACAGUAGAAAUCGAUUAGAAUCAGAUGUUGCCGAUAACAAAAAUCACGCUUAUAUCAAUGCUUACGAUAAAGAAGAAGACGAUAGUAUUUAUGGUAUAUUGACCGAUAUACGAUUUAGCGGACCAGGUGACAGUCAAAUGAUGUCAACAUCUUUCAGUGAAAAUAACGAUGAACAAGGUUGGGAAAGUGGAUCCGAUUCACGAUCCAGUUCCAGUGGCGAAUUUAUUUGGAGGGAAGGGGAACAUGAAGAGUAUCUGAAGGCACUAAGGGCAGCACCACAAGAUGUGGUGGAAACUGUCACACCAAUGGAAGGAACAGUUGAAGAUAAUUAUGAAGAAAGUGAUUUAAGCAGUAAUUUCAGCGAUGAGGAAGAGUCACCGGAAUUUGUACCAUCGGCUUGGGAUAAAUUCGCCAUGCCCAGUAAAUCGGCAAUGCGAUCACCAGAAAAAACUCCCAAAAAAAGAGAAGAAAAAAAACCGAAAGGAGUCUGGUUUAAAAAACAAAAAUAUCAUUGUAUAUACGAGUAUCCUAAAGAACCCGAAAGUCCCAUACUACAGACACCAGAGGCGUGGAAACAACCUGAAUUUAAAGUAUUUACUGACAGUCCGAUUAGUACGAAUUUGGCAGAUGAUUUCUUCAUGACUAGUUCCGAUCAGCCUUUCCAAACCCACAGUUUGAGUUCCCAAUUUUUCCCGGGAAACAGUACCUGGACGUUUGACAAUGCUACCCCGGACAGCGGAAUGGAAGAUAUAACACCAGGAAGUGUUAUAGAUUCUAACGAAUUUCCAAAUACGACGUCUUCAGUGCCAACUCUUAAACAACUAGCGUCCGAAAUAGUAAAUAGGAAGAAACUACCUUCUUUAGGUAGUAGUGAUUCUUUAGGAGGUCUCAGGCACACCAAGAAAUUAUUAAAAUUAGAUUUACCUCCAAGCCCUAGCGCUUUUUGUUCUGAUAAAAUGUUCACUAUUGAACCGACGGUGGAACCUGUUGUUAGAGAAAAACCUACUUUUACGACUUUUGGUAAAAGUAGGUUUAUGGUUCAACACGUCGAAACACCUCCGGAUGCCUCUCUUAUUAAAAACGUUUCUUUCGAGGCUCUACCUUACAAACCAAUGAGUCCGAUUUUAGACGAUAGCUCUUUAACAAGUUGUAAAAUAGAGGCUGUGCCUAAUAAACAAUUUAAUGUUGUGGACGAUCUUUCUCGGUCGGACACCGACUUGAUAGAAAGAAAUUUCGCUAAGAAUGAAUAUGACGAUAAGUGUAAAUUAAAAGUUGAAGUAGUGAGAGGAGAGGCUAGUGUAUUAGAUAGCGGGGAUGAAGAUAGUGGGAUAGAGUCUACUAGUACUUUAGAAAGAAAAAUUUGUAAUCCGUAAUUAUAGAUGUAUAUCAGAAGAAAAAAAAGGUUUCCUUAUGCGAAAUUAGCAGAUAGGAAUGAUCUGUUACUAAUAGAUGAGUUGAGGGACAAUGAUAAAUAUUUCAGAAAGUAAAUAAGAUAUUUGUAAUUUACCCGAACACGCUUUACGCAUCAAAUUUACUUUGAAACUUGAUACACAAAUUAUCAUCUUUAGAAUCCAAAGGUGAUCUAAAAUUCCACUUAUUUUAGUGCUCAAAACUAAAUUUUUUUACAUAUAUUCAAAGUCAACUUGAAAUAUUGGUCUUUAUUUGAACUUUUCUUGUUUUUUUUUUUAUAUUUUCAAAUAUGUUCAUUUUUUUCCAUAAUACAUUAUCUGGGUUGUGAGUUCAAUUUGUUUUAUUAAUGUAGUUGAACUAUAGUUUUUCUGGAUUAACAGCUAUAUAUAUUUUUGGUACCAAAUGCUAAAAAAUUGUUUGAACCUUUUAAGUAUUACCCACAGAUAUAAUUAAUAAGUUUCUUUUUCGCUCCACCCUAUUGUCCUAGCAUAAACCUUUUUGAUUUAUUUACUCUUUACCACCACUGCAUUAAUACAUUAAACUUUUUGACGCAUGUUAUUGGCCUCUGAAGGUUAUAACCUUUUCUAUCUAAAGUUAUCAUUUUCAAAUUGUCGAUGUAUGAGAACAAAAUCACAAAUUACCAAAAAGCUCAAGUUGAAACAAAGUUUUGAAUAGGGUGGUAUGGUGAAUAGAAAUAUUGAACAAAAAAUUGUUUAUUUGGACAAGAUAGAAACUCUUUUUUUCAAAGAUUUAUAGGUCAUAACAUAGGACUGUUAAAUAUUCUACAAAGCAUAACAAAAAAAAUCAACGGAAUUUUAUGAAAUCCACCAUUUCACCUAUACAAGGUGAAGUAACGAAUGCACUUUGGAUGAAAUGGAAAAUUAUCCUGCUUUUUCCUACAUAUAUCACACACACAUUCAUAUUUUGAACAGUUAGCAACUAGUUCAUUCUAUACAAUAAAACUCUUCAUCUUAAUCCUGUUCCAAGUGAAUGUCCAGUGAAGAGUCCAUAGAGAUUUGCUAUGGGUAAAAUUAUGAAUAAUAUGGCAAAAAACUCCUAAUAAACUCUUGCACCUCAUAAAUUAUUGAGCAUCUAAAACAGUCUUAUAUUAAUUACUUACGGUUUUUAUGACUGAUUUCUAACAGGUUAUUGAUGGGUAAACUGUCAUACUUACAGCAACAUCUGUGCGCUCGAAUAGGAAAAACAACAAUUUACCAUAUCACCAUGAUUUACUGUAUUCUUUAGAAAUCAUAAAUUCGUAAUAAGCUAAACAUAACACUUCCGUCUAUAUUAAAUUGUUCUUAACUCAUCUCUUAGUGUCAAAGGUAUUAUUUUAAUGCAUCCAAUAUACAAAUAAUAAAGAUCAAAAAAGUAAUGCAAAAUCCUUGUAUAUUUAUACAGCCUAUUGUUGAAAUUGAGAAUCGUAUUAAUACAGUUUUUCCAUAAGUUUUGCGAAGGAGCUUGAGUGAAGAAAUAAAUAACUAAAAGGCUACAUUUUUAGAGGUUUCAUACUUCAAUGCAAUUUUUAAAUUUCUACUUGUCAAGGUUCACCUUAUUUUAACCCGAUGCCGUUGUGACUAUAUACCUUAUACCCGACAUUUUUUAAAACUUCAAUGAAAAAAUACAGGAGGAGCACCAAGUAUAGAUAUAAGGGGUAAAAAAUGUAAUGUGGGGGUGGGUUUACUGGUAAAGCGCGCUACUUUUCAAGUACUCGGUUAAAUUAAUUACGCGGGAAGUAGUUGUGUUCGCAUGCGCUAUUAUUUUUCAUUUAAAAAUGAAAGAUUAGCAAAAGGAAAAAAAAUUAAAAAAAAUUAUAUAUAAAUGACAGAGAAAAAAUUAAAAACUAUUGAAUUAAUUUGUGGAUUAAUAUAUCAGAGUAAUUAUUUGUUGAAAUUGAGAUAAUGUUCAAUUUCAAGUAUGAAAAUAAUACACCAAUGUGACUAAACUAACGCCAUCCUGACUAUAAACAGCUUCUGUCGCAUUGUUUGUACUCUUUCAACAUGCCCAAUCACUUUUCACUUUUAGAUGGGUAUGGCUGAAGUUUUAACAAUCGAAUUAUUGUUUUGCAAAUUAAUUUUAGGUAUUUUAGAUGACACCAUAUUAAAAUUUCAGCAAUAAAAAAAUAUUUUGAAAAAAAAAAUUUUAACUCAAAAUUAGCACCUGACACAAAAAUAAAAAUAUCUGGAAAUAAUAGAUUCAUGUAGCAAAAAGUUGAAUAAAAAUAACAAAAAAAAGAAAUGAAGAAAUUUUAGCAACAUAGAUGUUAUUUGUAAUGCUGUUUGUGAGUUAUAUUUCAUUAUAGUUAUGUUCCAUUUUGUGAUGGCAAUAAAGCUCUUCCAGGUUUUCAUUAAUUUCUAUAAAUCGUCUGAGAAUAUGAGUUUUGAUAUAACUGAGUUUUUGGGUUCGGAGGUGUCAUAAUAUAAGAUGAGAUUCAUAACUUUAAAAUUUUGCGUUUUGAACCACGUAAAAAUGUACUUCAAUUACUAUCAAAUUUUUUUCUUUGAUCGAAAUUAAUAGCUCCGUCUCGAGACUUAUAGAAAAUCGUAUUAAAUGAAAAUGUCAAUUUUCUUUAUAUAACUAUUUUGAACUAUUAACACACUAACACACGAUUCUUUUGUCUCCUCGUAAUCUAAUACACUUUAAAUACCUUUUGAAUGGAUUAAUAAUGUUUAUAAUUGUAUGUAAAUGUAUAUUUUGUAGUGAUAUUUUAUAGUUCAUUAAUUUUUUUUAAAUAUAUUGUCUUUUAAUUGUAAAACAAAAAAAGUUUUGGUUUUUAGAAUGUAGUAAAAGUUAGAUGAUCUCAAUUGAAAAUAUCAAAGUAGAAGGUUGAUGCCUACGGAUAGUGUAAAAUUGACAUAUGUACAAAAUUCUAUGUAACAAUAUGGUAAAGAGUUUGAUCCUUACCUAGAAAAUGGCAUGAUCUGAAACUUAAUUUGAUAAAUAAGUUAUAGGAGCUAAUUAUACACUAUCUAGUAAAACUAAAAAGAUCAUUUUUUGUCCUUCUUCUCAAGCCGGUAUUGUGACACUGUUUUCGUUUGCUCGGACCUACCAAAGCUUUUGCUCUCAUGAACCUCGUUUUCAUGUGCCUGUUUGAUACUUUGAGCAUUAAACACAUUACCCAAAUUUCAAAUGUUUCCGAAUGUUUAAUUCUACAGGUGCCUUGGGUUGCAGCUCGGAAGGAAAUAUCAAAACGAAAAUUUUAAAUAGUAAAUUCAAUAAUAGGAAAUACCAGCUAAGACGAGCUACAACGAAAUUUAUUCGUUGUACAUUGUAAAAUAUUUUACAGAACUCAGAAAUCUCAUUAUGACAUCUUCAACUUAUUUCCUUUUUGAAUACCUUACUUUGUUGUGGUGUACAUCGAGCUCUCCAAACUGUUAAUAAUUUAUUGAAUUUGUAACAAAACAUGUCAUAAAAAAUCUGACUUGGAAUACUAUGAAGAUCUCAACAGUUCAGCUAUAAUUCUACCAGAUGAUCAUUCUCUUCUUAAUUCAUUUGUAGUUUUUUCAGAACCAUGUCGAUAUACAUUUUAUUUUAAUUAUUUUGACAGAAAAAGAUAUUUGGAGACAAAUCUGGUGAUUUAGAAGGCUACUAGAGCGCAUCAAGUGAAGACAUAGUUCUAUUAUUAAAAAUCUUAAAUUUAACUAAUAGAACUCUUAAUUUGUUUUUCCAGAUUCCAAACAUUCAUUUCCGUUUCCUCUUAAAAUUAUUGUGCCAAAUAUUUAGUACAUACCUAUUUUCACAAUAUUUAUAAUAUACCGAAAACAUUAAUGCUUUUCGAAAAACGAUUUUCACGACCGUUUUACAAAAUUCAAUUACACUGUUUUGGACUAAUAUUUUCUGUUUUUCGCACUUUUCUACUUUAAAGUGACGGACAUCUUUUCAUAUAGUAGAUUUUUCAGGAACAGCCUAAUUGCAUAAGUAUAAAUAAAAUCUGCAUUUUCACUUUUACUUCUUCUUAUUGUGCCCUGUCAGGUCUCCUUGAAAAUGUCAAUUACAAUUGCCGACCGUUCCCCGUUUUCAUCUAUUUUAAACAAUCGUUCGAUGCUAUGUAUGCCUGUCCAUUGGUGAAUUAUUAUAAAUAACGAUUCUAGCCAUUCUUCUGGUACUUCCUUCUUUUAUGUACAUUUUUUGAGAUUGAAAUAUGGCGCAAAUGAACAAACAACACUCAUUCACACUCAAAUAUGGAAAGUAAGUUAAUCGAAUCUUUUACAUCGAAAUUCUUAUGUUCUAGUAAAUAAUUUUUACAACAUUGUCAGAGAGAAGCUACUUUGUUCGAACAUAUGAAAAAAUGGAUGGCUAAAGGUUUAUAAGAAGAGGCAUUAGAUUUAAUUUUGAUAAUCUCAGACUUAUAUUAGGCUACAGUUUACUCUCAAAGUAGCUGUCAAUUUUAAACUAUCCUGACGGCUUCAAAUAAGGUUAGUUUGAAAAACAACAAGAAGGAUAAUGUCAUAAAGGCCUAUUUGUUUUUAUGAACAUCUUAAAAACCUUAACACUAACCGAUCAAACUGGAUGAAUAGAUAAUAUGAAAUGAAUCAUGGAAUUAUUCAUCCCAAAGCUGUAACUAUAGAUAACCAGUUAAUCAGUAUAAUAGUGGUAAUGACAUCAUGAAUCAACGCUAUACUUGUCGAUAUUUUCCGAAAUAUAUCGACCAGCACGAUAAACUGAUUCCUUAUUUCCUGUUGGAUUUAGGCCUUUCUAGCUUCUCCCAUGUUUCUCUAUCAUUAUCUGUUCGAUUUUUCAUUUUGCGGCUACGAGGACAUCGUCUGCCCAUCUCUUCUAAGCUCCCAUGUUAUCAACUCAAAUAGGCAAGAAUAUCAGUUUCUUUAAUCCUGGUCACACAGAAAUAAAGAAACUACUACACUCUAUAGAUAUGGAGUCCAAAUUCCUAUUAUUGAUUUCGAAUAUUUCUAUGGUAAAGGAAAAUGUAUCUAGAAUAAUUUCGGAAGGAUGAGGCAAAAAUAGAAACACUCUGGCCAUUCCCUCCUGGGCUAGAUCACUCCCAAAAGUUCUCUGAAAUCAGUAGAUCCAAAAUAUAUUUGGAUUUAAAAAUAAAAAAGGAUAUUGCUGUCUCACGAAGUACCUGAUAAAAAUGGUUUGCAGAUUUUCUGGAGAGUAGGAUUCUACACUUGUUUGAGCGAGAUUAAACCUCGUUGUAACCGGCACAGAUGUUGGAGUUUAUCAAAAUGUGCUGAAAAUGGCGAAAACAGCUCUGGUAGAGAAGACUUGCGGUGUAAUAUAACCACUAAUUAAAUCCAAGUUGGAAUUUCUGGAACCAUUGGUGAGAUUCAUACUGGACACUGUUUACUAUUACCAUAUCAACACUGACAAUUAUAUUGUCUCAAGCAAACAAAGUUUUCGUCCUCAGAGAUAAGAUAAUAACGUUCUAGUCAGUAAUUGUUGUUGGUGUUGUGAUAGAGAACAGUUUUCUCUAAUUAAAUCUAGAAGAGGUUCCACAAGUAUGGCAUGGAAUUCAUUACCAUCGGCCAGUCUACUGGUAUAAAUACUUGAGAAUCCAAACAAGGCAUGUAAGAAAUGUGACUUUUGAUUUGGAGCAAUAUAUAAUCAGUGUUGUUAUUCUACAGCAAAUUGAAGAAAUUGGGAUGAAUAGUUUGAAAUUAUAUUGAAAUAUUACCUAUAAUGUUUUUUCUCUGACUACUGAUAACCCAUACUUCUAACGAUACUAUAAUCAUUCAAUUUGAGGUUAGUUAAAUGGCCGUAUAUUCAACCUAAAAAUGAUUGUGAUAUUUUUUAGAUGUUGAAUUUUUGAUAACGAUUUUUUUUAGUAUUGUAUAAAUUUUUGUUUGAUAAUUUUUAAUAAUGGGAUCUGCGAAUAAUGUGUUCAGGGGGUCUGAAUAUUGUUGAUUCAGUUUAAUUUAUCAUCGAUGAUUAAAUUGACCCGAAAUAUUCUAUAUUAAUAAUGUUUUGAAUUUUGGAAAAACUGUUAUUAACAUAAAACAACGAUGAUACUCUAUUCCAUUAACAAAUCAUAUUAUUUCAUUUUGUAAUCUCAUUUGUCGUAUGUGCUAUGUUUUUUUAGAAUAUAAUUACAUACCAAAAUUAUCUAUGGUAAUAAAAUGACCAAACUUUUUAAAAAUUGUGUACAGUCAUUCCAUAUUUCUAUACAAAUAGAUAUUAGUAAUUCGCAAUUAACACUCUGACACAAAUUCAAAAAAAUUUCCAAAAGGCAACACUAAAAUAAAACGGUUUCAAAUAGAUCCGAAUAUAGAGCGAUUUAGAAAUAUCUUCAACUGUUCAAAGGUGUAUAUUUUUCGUACUUUUUUUAUAAUUCUAUUAUAAAUUUCAUAAGAAUUUGAGUAUUUUUUUAACGCUAAUAUAAGAGAAUCCAUGCAGUACUAUUAUUUUAAUCUUUUCUUUGUCUAACAUUUUUACACAAUUCAUUUGGUAUUUCAACUGGCCCAACAGCUUUUUUAGAUUUACUAUCUUUUAUGGCAAGUUGUGUUUCUCAUUUUAACGUCUCUGGACUAUCAAGAUAAUUUUGGUCGUAUUUAGUUCCACUAUUUCUAUUCAGAAACACGUAUUUUUAAAUUUUAUCAAUAAUUUCAGUACUAGUAUUUUAAUCUUCGUCAAACAUUUUUACACAAUUCAUUUGGUAUAAUAUACAUAAUAUACUAUUAUGAAUGGAGUUAAUCGUUGUUUUGGAAACUACGGUGAAUUAAUAACUAAUACACAAAGAUUAUAAAAAUGUAAAGGAAACACCUUCGACUUCCGGCAUGUCCUCAUUGGCAAGUACAUGUGGACGUGUCGACCGACAUUUAUCUCAUAAUUCAGGGAAGUGCUUUUAAUUUACUAUAAUUAAAAAAAUGAAGAAGGUGGCUGCUACUAAAAUUAUCAUUGCCAAUUUGCCUUUGUAUGUAUCUUCAUCACCCUAAUCGGUCUUUUUCGAAUUUAUUUCUUUCUUCCUUUCCCUAGCAAAUUGGGCUUGUAAAUUUUUAAUCUUUUUUUCUACUUCUUGUUUUACAAUGCUGAACGACACUGCUAUUUCCACAAGUCCGUCAUUUUAUUUUUAUAGAUCGGCAUCCCAUAGCUAAUUCACGAUACAUAUGAAUAAAUGAAACAACUGCUAAAAUUCAUUUCUAGUAAAAUUCGUACUGAGGUCGAAGCGACACGUCCACGCUGCUACUUUCGAUUCGACUGAUUCGGGUUCGGUUUGACUCGACACGGUUCGACAAAGUCGAACGACACGUUUACACUUGUUCGAUAUUGUCGAUCGAAAUAGCAUAGACACAGCUUUUAACAUUUAGGUUUUUAAAUAUAUAAAAAAAAAUGCUUCCAAUCAAAAUGGGACACACAUUCGCGGAUUCUUUAAUUCAACAAGUAACGCGAUUAAACGAAACAUGUUUAAAUGAAAUUGUUACUUGUUUUAACUAGUUUCGUUUCGUUUAGUCGUUUUAUGUUAAUAUGGUUUUUGUAUGCCUCAUUAUCAAUGGAAUAACCGUUUAUUUUUUGAUUGAAUUGGUUUAUUAAAUGGGGUAUUAUUGGACAAAAUUAAUGCACUUAAUAGAAACAUUCUCAUUAAGGCCAAAAAUUUUCUCGUCCAGGCACCUAUUAGAUAAAGUGAAGAUUAUAAUAUAUUUAUACUGGAAAAAUAGUGACAUUUUUAAAAAAUUCUUACACAUCCAUUAUAGCUACGUUCUAAAUUUAUUUACAAUUAUACAGAAUGCCCUAUAUCAUAAGAAUGUUCAAUCUGAACGCCCUUUAUUCAUCAUUAUUCAGUUUUUUGCAGAAAUGAAAAAAUUACGUUGACGAAUCUAUUCAAUUUAGUGAAAAACAAAAAACCUAAGUAUUUGAAAAUGUGAUUAAAUAGGUAUAGGGUGUUAAAUUUGAAAAAUCGUUUAUUUUCUAUGUUUGAUUACUUUUGGGACAUCCUGUAAAUAAUUUUUAGAUUGUUGUCCCAAUUGAUUUUUGAAAAAUGUCACCGUUUGCCCAUUAGAGUCCAUAUAAAUACAAGCGACUCACCCUUUAUAACUACGGACUAAUUUUUUUCGUAUUUUAACUGAAAAACUAUUGGCAAAGAAACUUAGGGAGUAGCCUUAUAAUAAAAGUAGUUAUGUACCUAUAUGUGAGGGCGAUUAUAGUUUUUAUACCAAGUAGUGUAUUAGGAGUAGUAAGUUGAGACUAUACUUUUUGUGUUGUUGAAUUAUUACAAUAAUCGAUCCAAAAUUAUUCCCACACACAUAUAUUCACGAAGCUCCUCAUAAAUCUAAAGAGGUAGAUUGGUUAAUAUUUUAUAUAUCUUAAUAAAAAUCGUCUCGAACGAUAUAAAUAUUUUUUAGGUUAGAAUUUGAACAUACAGUAUUAUUUUUGUCAGCUGGUAUUGGCAGCAAGUCAUUAAUUAUAUUUCAAUUGCAGAACUUUGAAUUAACUUUUAUUGUUUGAAAAACUAGUAAAAAGAAAAUUUAUGAUGUUAAAAUGAAUCUCAUUGCAAUAAAAAGUGUGAAAUCCUUAAAAUAGAGUGUUGUAACUAGUUCUAAAAAUAUUAUAGUGUUAUUCAUCGUUAUUAUUCGAAAAAGUUCUGAAAAAAAAAUUGUGUGGUUAUGACUAACUGCUUUUAAAAGUACGGUAUAGUGCAAAUUUAAGGAGAAAUAUAAAAAUAAUAGAGUAUUCAGUAUAUAUUAUAAACACUCGAUGUUUAUCCAAUACACCUUUGUCAAGUCCUAUUCUUUCUAUAGCCAUUCCAAUGUUCUUGAAUGUUUUUUGAAAAUAGUCAGAAGAGUACCAGAAUAAUGGAUUAUUUCGUAAUCAUAUAGACAAAAUACCAAUGACAGGUAAAACAAGAAUAAUCUAUAUAAAGCAUAUUUGAUGUUUCACUUCUAAUGCCUGAUCCAGACUUUUGCGAGGCUCCUCCUAGAAGCUCUCAAAACGAAUCUUUGCGAACGGAGACGAUAGGAGUGCUACACGUCCACACAAUUGAGAGUGUGGAUUCCACACUCAAUUCUAUAUUCACAUUAUUUGACUCGCGCUCAAAUAAUCGACACGUAGCGGAGCAAGGCGACAUAAGGCGAGCACACCCAACGAUUAUCAACCUAACUGGGUUUGUUCAUUUUCUAAGAGGGGCUUACACAUCGUCAGUGGACGUUAUCUCGGUGCGCUUCGUUUAAUAUAGUUUUAAAUCAUGAAGAUUUCUUGUUAUUAUUAUUAUUAUUAUUAUAAUUAUUGGAGAAAAUUAUCCUGAAAACACUAAACGACUUUCAAAAGGCUGUGUUAUUGGUUUAAAAUAUCCACAUACAAAAUACCAAAUUUCAAUUGUGAAAAAUGAUUGUAAUAAAUUUGAUUGGAUAUGCAAACAAUGUUGUUUGUCUUGUAGGAAUAAUGAAACAAAUCACAAAAUAUACUCAUCCAAACAGUCAUCGUUUAUGUAAAGAUAUUUUGAUUUUAUGUAACAAUUUUCUUUAAUUUGUUCAGAUUUUUAUCAUGUGAGAAAAGUUUUUUUCUUGUUAGUUUCUUUGAUUAAGAAAAUUUUUUAUUGAAAUUGAAUUUUACCCUUCCCGAUUAUUACAGCCAUAUAUUGAAACUAUUUAUUCAGCUCCACCUACGAUUUUGGAAAGAAUACCGUUCAAUAGUAAAAUAUUUUGGAAACAAUUUUCAUUAUCAAGAAUUCUGACAUAUGCCGAUUACUGUAAAAAAUGAUACAACUCACUAGAAUUUACAUCAAAAUUUUGUAUGAUACAAAGAUUUUUCACUGUAUUUUUAUUAUUAUUCAUAUAAUCACUCGAACGAUUAAAAGCAGAGGAAAGUGACACAGAUACAGCAAAAAAGCAAUUAUCCAUUUCAUUUUUCAAUAGCUCUGGCAAGAUGAAAUUCAGGUGUUGUUCUUCCAGGACGAUAUUUAGAACAAUCUGUUUUUCUAGUUUCGGAUACUGUUGGUCCAGAAUUGCUCAUGAUUAUUUUUUUACUUCUAUGUUCCAAAAAUUAAAGUUCACAUUGCGUAUAAACGACGAGUUUCAACUAUUCAGACGAUCCUACUGAUUGCGCCAAUUAAAUAGUCAGUUUUAAAGUUGCAUUUAUAGAUUACUAGAAUUUAACAGUAAAGUCGAUAGUGUCCAUACCGCUAGUUUGUUCUCGGUAACACCGAAAUCUAUUUCUUCUAUGAUCCAUAGCUGAAGAUGAUAAUAUCUUGACCGUCUAUAAACACUUUGCAUUCUGUUCGGAAAACCAUUGAUACGCUAUUGCUCUUGUCGAUUGGAAACGAUAUUCUAGAUAGUAGCUUUAGGCGACAAUCUUGGAUUUUGUUGUCCUGGGUCUAUGGCUUCUUAUAUCCGGCUUGACCACAGUAUCCACAGUUUAUUUUUCAUGAAAUGUUUUGUCCAACUUCCCGAAUAACAAUCGACAACAUCAUUGUGCCAUUUUUUGGAACAAUAAACUAAUUUCUUAGAAAGGUUCGGUACAUCCAGUACAUUAUUUUAAUAAUGAACAAUUUUUGAAAUACAAUAAUAUUUACUGGGUAUUCUAGUUUUAUGUCACUAUAAAAUAAUGACUUUUAAAAUAAUAACUUUUGAAUCAAAUGUCAUCUUCUCAAGAACCUAAGUGUAAAAUUUUUUAAUUGUUAUUUUUCAAAAUACGUUGUUAUCAAGAUUCAUUUUGACCUUAUCGAUUCGCUAUGCUACAUUAAAAAAUUUUCUAAAACAUAAAAUGUUUAAAAAUAAUUUCAUCGCAAAAAUUAUGAAUGUAUUUGUAAGAUUCUACCAUUCUUUUAAUUUACGGAACACUUUCUAACUACAUAUAGAACACUAAACUCGCAUUUUCAUAGCCGUAAUCGAUUUAAAUUAUUUGUCAUCCUCAUAAUAUUAAUGACAUUUAUUUAAUUGCAUAAAUCAAAUAAAUUGAAUUUUAAUUGUGUUAUAGAUAUCACGCUAUUGAUAUUUGAUAAAACGGAUAACGUGACUUACAUAAUUAUCUGAUACCUUUGAACACGUUUUCAAGGCUUCUUAAUUAGCAAUUAGUUCCAUAUUGGAAUAAGUAAGGAAGCGUUGUUAUAAUUAGUUUUUAUAAUACCUGGUCUGUUUUUUCAAAAUCUUGCAUCAUCAGUCCUAAGUUCAAUAUAUGAACCCACUCAAUAAUGUUUUGAAGUGAUAUAUUGUUUGAACCAGCAACGUCCUCGAAAAGCCUCCAGUUCUUCGUCAGUGGUAACUCACUGUUCUAGUGCUAUAUAUAUAAGCUAAGCUACAAUAAUUAGGCUAAAAACAGCUUACUAUAUGGUACAAUAGGUUCGUAGCUAAAUACACUGAAUCACUACAACGUUGCGAAUACGACUGAGCGAUAGACUAAUGCGGCAAAGGAAAGAACUGUUAAGGAAGAAUCUCUCCACUUUAGGGUUCUAUAAUAAACUUAAAAGUUGGCGAUUUUGUUUAAUCCCUUCCGAGAAAUUGUGGGAAACCGAAAAUGCUACGGAUUUAGUCUAAUGCAGAUCUGUAGUAAACGAUUUAUUAUGUACACAAAAGGUAGACACAAGUUUGAUCUCCAACAUAUUACAGUAUUAUCCGGAACACCUCGAUCCUGUCUUAGGAUAGAAGUUUUUAUCAGUCAAAUGGUUUUCAUAUACUAAUUUCUGUACCACUAGCAUCCCACAUCUCCAAAGCAACUCCUAUUAUCAUUGUAUAGUUGGGAGGAAUGUUGUUAUGUUAAAUUUUUAAAAGUUCCCACGCCCUUUUUGAAAACUUUCUGUUUUGAUUACUCUACAUGUAAUUGUUAUACGAAUUUCAAAUUCCUCAAAAUGUACCAUUCAAACAAAGUUGAAGAGAUUUUUGCACACUGAGUGGUUGUUGACCUGUAACUUUAUUAAAUUUUUAGCUCGAUAGUAAGUAGCCCUUUGGUCUAGUAAAUUCGACCAGAGAAAUUUGGGAUGCAAUAUUCUUAACUCGGCCAGGUUGUCGAGUGCUAUUUUGAAACCAAAAAAAACUUAACUAUAUAUUAUAAAAAUUUAAUUGAGUAGAGAAAAUUGAAAUUGAACUAUUAGAUAGAUAUAUGUAAACUUAUAUUUCAAAAAAUUUACAAAAAUGUUAUCUAAAGCUAAACAUUGUAAAAUAUAUCAUAAACUAUUUACACAAAAACCAAGCAACCGAUUUUAUGAAACGAAACAUGACCUAGCCUAACCUAUAACACUUUUAGGUCGAAUUUACUAGUGAAUAUAAAAUGAUUUUUAUAAAAUAGUAGGUUAGGUAAUUGAUUUGGUCAAAUUUACACCCGUCGCAAAUACCAAUGGGUGCACUAGAUUUAAAACAAUAAACGGUGCUUCAAAUGAUAUAUAAAGUCAACAUUUCAUAUUAAUGUGUUUGUUAAAGAGUUUGAAACCCUGAUGAUUAUAUUCAUAUCAGUUAUUCUUUUUUUCGCAUACAUUGAAGCCUCUAAACAAACAGUGAUUUUAGUUAACUCAUUCUUCACUAUAGUGGCGAAUUCAAAUUCACGGAGAUGAAAAUGUGAAUAAUUGAAGUUCAAAACCUUUUCCAUAAAAAAACGACGUUUCCUGGCGAAUAUUGCAAUAUAUUUAAAAUGAGAUAUUUUUAAAUAUUACAUUGCAGAGUCCAUCGAUAUCUGGUGUUUGAUUAAAUUGAUUGUAUAUUUCUUAAAAAAAAAAGAUUGUGAAUAGGGUAUCAUUUACAGCUUCUCAUCUUUACACUGAAAUGAAUUUUUGGUUAUUUACUUAUUUAAAAAAACAAGGCAUUAGCACUACCUGAGAAAAGAGUAAUACUUGUUUCAAUCUGUAAUAGUGUAACAUUUAGAAAACUGCAUUUAACAAUUUUAUUAAUUAUUGAAUAUGACAAGAAAUUUAUAUGUGAUUUUGUGCGAAUAAUUUUGGAUUUAUAUUGUAGACUUGAUGUUUGUAGAUAAACAAAUUUAAUGUCCGUAUCGGACCUAAUGUGAUUGGUUAGUAUUUCUUGUGUUAGUAGAAAAUGUAAUAUAUUAUAUGUAAUCAAUGUAAUAAUAAUAAUUUGUUUUUUGGA